AAUAUAUAAUUGUAUUAACGUAAAUUUAAAGCGUUACCUGAAGGCAGCAACGCCUCGACAGCGAUGUGUCAUUUCAGCGGAGGGGUUUGAGCAGCGCACGAGCCCGUCCAGCUCGCGCGCCCCCACCUCUCCCCAUUUCACAGAGAGGAUGCGCGAGGACGAGUGCUAGCCUCGAUUGUUUGGCGUUAUUUUGCAAACAGCGCUCUCAUUUGAACAGUCCAGACGAACAGAACACGACGCGUUGACAUUUGGGAUGGAAACCGCCUUUCCGAGGGGAAACAUGGCCUUUAUUUGGCUGACUUUGGCGCUGUUCGCCAUCGUCCUCUGCGCAUCGCCGGUGAGUGGGAACGAGGAUUGUCUGUGGUACGUGGACAAAAACGGCACCUGGCACAACGGCUUUGACUGCCCUCUCAUCACGUUCUGCUGCGGCAACUGUCAGCGGCGCUACUGCUGCCUGGACGCCUUCAAGAUGAUCACUGAAAGGGAGCAGAAACGCUGCAUGCUCUUUCAGUUCAGCCCCACCACUUUGGCCGGCAUCGCGUCCUCCAUUCUCCUGUUUGUGGCCAUCAUCGCGGCGAUGGUCUGCUGCUUCAUGUGUUCCUGCUGUUACCUCUACCAGAGGAGGCAGCAGAGGGGCAGGACGCCCUACGAUGCCCAACAUAUUCCCAUGGCCAGCUAUCCCGUGGAGCACAUGUAUGAUGCGUACGGAAAACCGCUGGGACCAACAGAGUAUCCACACAUGGGUUAUCCCAUGGCGCCCCAGUAUCCGGGCAUGCCCCCGCAGUACCCUGUGAUGCAACCGGGGCUGUAUCCGACCCAACCGCUGGACCCCUCCUACAGUCAGGCUCCACCUCCGUACUCUCCUCCUCAGUAUCCCGGCCACUGAUGGGCUCCUCUGAACUCAGACAGCAUUGGAGAAACGGCUGAUCCCAAAUGACUGUUUCAAAAAAAAGAAAAAAACUCAAGACGGCAGCCAUGCUCCUUCAUGCACAGUCUAACACACUAAUAAAAGCUACAGCUCGACUAGCAUACGUUUUCCUGCUGAGGAGAACAGAAAGCACUUUAAGGUUUGUUACGUUUUUUUUGUUUGUUUUCUUGACGUUUUCUUGCAUUGUCCUACUUUCCCAAGAGAUCGCUGUAGAUCCGAUUCUCUCCUGCAACUCGACUCCGGCCGCUCUGACGCGUCUGCAGACACUACAUCAUUUUUUAAGGAGGAUCUGCAUCUCGAUCCUUCUACUUUGACUCAGUCGUCUUAGCAAAAGGCUGACAUUUAAAAAAAAAAAAAAAAGAACUAGUUUUUUUUUUUUUUUUUUUAAUUUGAAACAAUUUUUUAGAACUUGAGGCGGCAUUUUAGGUCAUUUCUGAUCCCUAUUUAUGAGGUUUUCGAUGCUAAAUGCUAGCCAAGUCAGUUCAAUUUUUUAACUUCUAAAGGAUGAAGCCACUAAUUAUAUGAAUAUAUUGAAGAAUCAUGAUGAUACUAAAGCAAAAAACAGACGACCAACAUCUCAGUGUGUACUCCGCUCUACAGUUUUUUAGGAUUUUUCAGCAUUUCUUGAAGGUUUCCAGCUGCACUGUUCCUGCUUUUAUGUCCCCCUCUGUAUUAAAUUAUAUUCAGCUUGGUUUCAGUGUGGACAUAAUGACACACAUAUUAAGAAUUUGACAAAAUCAAAUAUUUUUGAGGCAUUUUAUAACCCGAACGUUUCAAAAUAAAAGCACAGAGCUCCAGAAAACUUGAAGACAAAUUAUCUGAAUUAAGCAAAAUUAGAAAAAUAAGUCAUAAUCCAAAUAUAAAUCGAAUAAACAAAAGCAACAAUUUGGCUGUAAAUAAUAAUAAUAAUAAGCAGGGGGUUUUUAAGGUAAAAUCCUUAAAAAAUAUACAUUUUUGCGAUUAUGUGCCACCUUCCUUCGUAAUUAAUUCAAAUUGACCAAUUUUCAGACCACAUUAAAGUCCCUCUUGAAUAUUUAUUAGUAGUUUGUAAGCUUUAAGUUGAAUAGACAGAAACAUCUAACGUUAAAGAGAAUAAAUAUGAGUAAUAAAAGAUGCUCAGGUGGCUUCAUUCAUUUCAUUUAACUCUCCUCUUUAUGGACAUUUUAAUAGUUCAUAGUGGCACCUUCAUCACCUCCGACCCACACAUUAGGAGUACUAACCAGCUCCCUGUUCUGCUCUUUUCUGAGAUUCUUUACAAACUAGUCUGAACUUUAGAAUCCAACAUCUUUUUGUGACGCUUUCGGUUCGUCUCGUUUCGGAGGUCAUACGGGAAGUUGUAGGACUUGCUGAAUAAUGAAAACAAAAUCUGUCUCCUUACAAUAACUAUUAAUAAGAAAAGAGAUUAACUUUUUCAAUAUUUUGUAAAUCCUUUCUUCAGUUGAUGAUGCUGUAACACGUUAUCGUUCUGUAACAUGAGACCCCAUGUUUUGACAUUCUCCCACUGAGUAUUUAUUUAUUAUUACUGUUGUUACCUCUUACUGUGAAGGGUUUCUCACCGUCUGGACUAAGCUACAAAUCCAAAAAUGAGCACUCUUGAAUACUUCCCAGGAUUCUUUGAAGUUCCCCGGAAAUCCAUUCAUGUUGCUUUCCACUGGAGUCUGUGAAUGUGGACGAUUGUUUGGCUGAAACUCGGAAAUGGGAUUAAGUUUAGAUUCAAAUGCAACAAUGUACAAAUACUCGCAUAGAUUUCGGAAAUUAAAUAAAAGCCGAUAGGUAAGAUUUUAAUGCAGAAAUGUCCUAUUUUAACUCCAGAAACUUUGAUUUCCUUUCAUUUUCUUUCGCGAUGUUUGAUUGGCUCUUCUAGAAAUUUAAAAAGAAACUGCUAGAUCCUCUAAAGCAGGACACAACUGACUAUAUAAGUGUCUAAAUCGUUCGAUUAGCAGUCAAAUGAAAUUUAAGAUGUAUUUGUCUCAUAAAAAUAGCUGUUUUGGUCUUUGUGCUGUACAGGAGGCUAAAUUCUAGAGUCUUUAUCGACUAAAUGUAAAGCUAAAUCUUUAUGCAAACAGUGUUGACACUUCAUGAGCCAGAUUGCAAAACAAUAAAAGUUGCCCGUCCUGCAAUAAAAUAUUGGUGAGAGUAUUUUUUUUUUGUUUUUUUUAAAGCACCUAAAUGGAUUUCCUUGGAUUUCAAAGUUUUCUUCUAGCUUCUAACUGUAAACUGGUUUCGUCUCUAAAUGUUCUGACCCGUAAUCUUAGGUUUGUCAGGUUUCGAUGAUCCAUGUGGUCGGGUUGAGUGGUGGGUGAGAAACCUACCACUCUCAAUUUGUGUUAAAACAUUGCAUGAGUUUGACGAAACAUGAUGUUCUUACCAGGAUGACUGUUCAGACCUGUACAGACUUGUGGAGACUUUGUGAAGCACAAGAAUAAUGCUGAUAAAUGUCCGAAAUGAGGUUUUUCAGAUGUAGGUGGACAUAUUUGCUCAAUGAUGUUUGUGUAAACCACCUUUUCUAGAAGGUUUCGGUACAUCUGGAGGGACGUUUGUCUGCAUGUGGCGUUUGUCUGUUGUCAUAUGGAUGAUAUGACAUUUUAAUAUUUGGAGGGGGUGUAAUAUUUGUAUUAACAUAAAGUCUAAUUUUUGGAUGUAAAAUA